AAAUUGGAGAUACAUGAUACAUCUGCCUAAACGCGAAAGUGAAAGGCUCGUGUCUGCUAUGGUUUGAGGAUAUUUUUCGAACUGUCAGUGGACUCUUUUUUUUUUGGCAAUUUUUUGUACAUAGAAAUCAAUCAUGACUGCUGCUAAAACUGUGCCAAAAACAGAAUAUAAAGUCAAGUUUGGCCGUUUAUAUGGAUGGGGUGCAAACUCUCAUGACAAUCUUGCACUUGGCCGGGGAGCACACAAAGAAGAAGUGUUGACACCCAGAGAAAUUAACUUGACUCAUAUUAAUUUAGAUCCAAUUGAUAUUGAGAAAAUAGUUGGAGGAGGCGGUCAUACUUUAAUGAUAGACAAAGCCGGCAAAGUUUAUAGCUGUGGGUGGAAUGUCAGAGGUCAGGCUGGAACCACAGAACAAACCUACGUAAUUGUUAAAGUGUCUGGUUUAGAUGACUUGAAAAUUGUUGACGUUGCAUGUGGUUGGGAUUGUUCAAUGGCCCUGACAGACGAUGGUCUUGUUUAUGCUUGGGGUUCUAAUCUAUAUGGCCAAUUGGGUGGUCUAUUACCUAUUGGUGUUAAAACUAAUAAACCAAAGCAUCUUCAAUUGGACAGACCAGUGAAAAAGAUAUCUUUGGGAUUGAGGCAUUCUGCCAUUGUUACUUGUGACAAUAAAGUUUUAACAAGUGGAGCUGGAAAUAAAGGACAACUGGGCAGAGACUUGCAAGAUGCAACUAAUUCUAAUGAAUUUGUAGAAGUUCCAGGCUUAGAUAAUGUUAGCAGUGUUUCUUGUGGACAAUAUCAUACAGUAAUAUGUACAAAUGAUAAUAAAGUUUUUGCUUGGGGAGACAAUAGGUAUGGCCAGCUAGGUGUAGAUAUUUCUAAGUUUAAACAAACUACAAAACCAAUGGAGGUAGAAGGUCUGAAAAAUUUUGGCAUUUGUAAAGAAGUUUAUUGCGCUUGGACCCAUUCAGCUAUAAUGAAUUCUGAAAAUAAAGUAUAUUUGUGGGGUAGAAAUGCCUAUGGUCAAUUAGGAUUAACCAAUAUGACUCCUAUUUGUACUGAUACAUGGACUGCGAAACAAGUUGAGAUUCCUCACAAAAUUAAAGAAUUUUGUAUUGGUUCACAACACAAUCUUAUGCUAUGUGAUAAUAACCAAGUAUUCUCAUGGGGUUGGAAUGAACAUGGGAGCUGUGGAGUAGGUCAUAUUGAUGAUAUAUAUGAACCAACAGCUGUACCAAUACCUCAUUCUCAUGAAGAAAUACUUCACAUUGGAACAGGGGCAGCACAUUGCUUUGCUAUUGUUAAAAAAGAUGAAUCAGAUUAAUUGAUUUAUAAAUAUGUAUUAUAGACUCAUUUUACAGAUUUAUAGAUAUGUUUUAUAUAUUAACAAUUGAAUUAUAUUUUUAUAAACAACUG